AUGGCUGCCCCUUCAGAUCAGAGGAUAGCUGUCCCCAUAGAUGAUCCCAAUGCCGAUACAGAAUGGAACGAUAUCCUAAGACAGCACGGCAUCAUACCAGAGAAACCACCGAGUCCCACGCCCAUGAUCGAGGAGGCCAUCGAGGAAGCCCGGCGCCUUGCACACGAGAACAGAUUAGAAGGCAAGGAACUUGACGAGCUCGAUGAACUCGAGGACGAGGAGGACGAGGCGUUCCUAGAAUUGUAUCGACAGAAGCGCAUGCAGGAGCUGAGCGCGUUGAGCAAGAAAUCCGUGCACGGAACCGUUUACCCGAUCUCCAAGCCGGAAUACGGACGAGAAAUAACGGAGGCUUCGAACAAAGGACCCGUGUUUCUCAAUCUUACAUCCUCUACGAACACAAACGUGGAGUCUAGGGUUCUUUCCGAGCUGUGGCGCCAGGCGGCGAAGGAGUAUGGAGAGGUGAAGUUUUGCGAGAUGCGGGCUGAUAGGGCGAUUGAGAACUAUCCCGAGAAGAAUUGCCCCACGAUACUUGUCUACAAGAACGGCGACAUUAUCAAGCAAAUAGUCACUUUGGUCACGGUCGGUGGUGUGAGGAUGAACAUGCUCAACAUUGACAACCUUCUUGUGGAGACGGGCGCGGUUCCGGAGUCCGAUAUGAGGGUUCUUAAGAGGAGGAGAGCGGCUGAAGAGGCGGAAGAUGAGCGAUUGAUGAGCAAUAAGAGCAUAAAAACGUCAAAAACGCUUGACGACGACGACGAUGAUGAUUGGGACUAA